UUCCGGUUCCUAAGGAUGCGUAUCCGGGUCACGCUAACGCCGCGGUUUCCUCCUCCCGUUUGGUUUAUCUGUGGGUCUGGACCAGUCCCCAUGUCUUGCUGUGUGGCCUUUGCCGGCUUUGGCAGGGCACGGUGAAGUGUUCUUACCAGUAAAUGUGGGACGUAGCAUCCUAUUUUAUUUUUUUAAUUUGAUAAUCAGGACAGGAAGAGCAGCUUCUGAGAAGACUCUGAAGACUGCUAAGAGUCUUGCAUUCAAUCACUUAAGCAUUGUAGAGAAAUAUUGGUCCUCAUGGAAGAAGAGCAAGAUUUACCAGAGCAACCAGUGAAAAAAGCCAAGAUGCAGGAAUCAGGAGAGCAAACUUUGAGUCAAGUAAGCAGCCCCGAAGUCAGUGACCAGAAACCUGAAACAUCCAGCCUUGCUUCAAACCUUACCAUGUCAGAGGAAAUUAUGACAUGCACCGAUUACAUCCCUCGCUCAUCCAAUGAUUAUACCUCACAAAUGUACUCUGCAAAACCUUAUGCACAUAUCCUCUCAGUUCCUGUUUCGGAAACUGCUUACCCUGGGCAGACUCAGUACCAGACACUACAGCAGUCUCAGCCCUAUGCUGUCUACCCUCAGGCAACCCAAACGUAUGGACUACCUCCUUUUGGUGCAUUGUGGCCAGGUAUGAAACCUGAAAGUGGUUUAAUUCAGACUCCAUCUCCAAGUCAACACAGUGUUCUUACCUGCACUACAGGGUUAACCACAAGCCAGCCAAGCCCAGCACAUUAUUCUUACCCUAUUCAAGCUUCAAGCACAAAUGCCAGCCUGAUACCCACUUCAUCUACAGUUGCCAAUAUUCCAGCAGCAGCAGUUUCCAGCAUCUCAAGCCAGGACUAUCCCACCUAUACUAUUCUUGGUCAGAGUCAGUACCAGGCCUGCUACCCCAGCUCUAGCUUUGGAGUCACAGGCCAGACGAACAGCGAUGCUGAGAGCACCACAUUAGCAGCAACCACAUACCAGACAGAGAAGCCUAAUGUCAUGGUCCCUGCAUCUGCAACUCAGCGACUUUCCUCUGGAGACUCUUCUACAAGCCCAUCUUUGUCCCAAACUACAUCAGCUAAAGAGGCUGAUGACCAAUCCAGGAAAAACAUGACUGGCAAGAACCGGGGCAAGAGGAAAGCUGAUGCCAGCUCUUCUCAGGACAGUGAAUUGGAACGGGUAUUUCUGUGGGACUUGGAUGAAACCAUCAUCAUCUUCCACUCCCUUCUUACUGGAUCCUAUGCCCAGAAGUAUGGAAAGGACCCAACAGUAGUGAUUGGCUCAGGUUUAACAAUGGAAGAAAUGAUUUUUGAAGUAGCUGAUACACAUCUUUUUUUCAAUGACUUAGAGGAGUGUGAUCAGGUGCAUGUGGAAGACGUGGCAUCUGAUGACAAUGGCCAAGACUUGAGCAACUACAGUUUUUCAACAGAUGGUUUCAGUGGCUCAGGAGGCAGCAGCAGCCAUGGUUCCUCUGUGGGUGUUCAGGGAGGUGUGGACUGGAUGAGGAAACUGGCUUUUCGCUACCGAAAAGUGAGAGAAAUCUAUGAUAAGCAUAAAAGCAAUGUGGGUGGCCUUCUCAGUCCUCAGAGAAAGGAAGCACUGCAGAGGCUAAGAGCAGAAAUUGAAGUUUUGACAGAUUCCUGGUUAGGAACUGCAUUAAAGUCCUUACUUCUCAUCCAGUCCAGAAAGAAUUGUGUGAAUGUUCUGAUUACUACAACCCAGCUGGUUCCAGCUCUGGCCAAGGUUCUCCUGUAUGGGCUAGGAGAAAUAUUUCCUAUUGAAAACAUCUAUAGUGCUACCAAAAUUGGUAAGGAGAGCUGUUUUGAGAGAAUUGUGUCAAGGUUUGGGAAGAAAGUCACAUAUGUAGUGAUUGGAGAUGGACGAGAUGAAGAAAUUGCAGCCAAACAGCACAACAUGCCUUUCUGGAGAAUCACAAACCAUGGAGACCUAGUGUCCCUCCACCAGGCUUUGGAGCUUGAUUUUCUCUAAGAACUGGAAUGAAGAGCCUUCCCCAUGAGCUCCUUUGCACUCCUGAAGGGAGCUGGGGACCGGAACCAUCAGGAACUCUGUCUCUGCAUUGAAUGCUGGCGAGAACACAAUCAGAACCCGCCGCUGCAAGGGACGAAGCCGCGCAGCGCUGAGGGAGCCGCAGCCCGUGUUCAUCCUCAUACGGAGCAGGAGGCAGCUGGAUUGAGAGACCGGUAGACUCACCGCAGCUACAGUGCUUUUAAUUCUGGUUUUUUGUUUUUGUUUUAUUUUGUCUGAAAAAUGAAGAAAAAGAAAAGGAAAUUCUUGGGGCAGAGUUGCACUCUUAGAUUGUGACCAGAUGGAGACCUGCUGUCAACUUGUGGUGAGAGGGUAAACACGGCAGACGUGUGUGCUAACAUCUCUUAAGGUCUUGAUAAUCUCCUUAGCUGUAGAACAUAUUCCCAGUGAAUGUAUAGCAUUUUUAUAUUUAACAGUCUGGUCUCCGAAGCAGCUUUUCCCUCCUUUCUUUUUCUAGCAAGAAAGGGGUGUGUAAAGUUUCCUUGAAAAAUAGUAAUUGAAAUAUCUAAAAUACCUCUCUCUGAUAGUAGCACCUCUUCAGCUCCCCCAACGAUCUGCUCUCUAGGAUGGUUUCCUUCCCAUUCUUCCAUCUCCUAGUUUGCUGAACUGAGGGGCACUUGACACUGAUUAAAUUUAGACUUUGGCAUUUCCCAUCCUAGAGGCCGUAGUCCCCUUUCCAAUCCCUCCUGCCCUUGAACCAAAUGGCACAACCCUAGAAACUCCUCCUCUUAGACAGUAAAUUCUAAGCCUUCAGCUUGACUCUUUUAUUCAAGACUAUGUUCCAGGGCGCUCACCACCAAACUGGAGAGGAGGGACUAAAGCUUCUCAUGAAUUUCCACUUUGGCUCUUGAAACAAUAAGAUUCUUCCUUUUCCUCCUGCAGAGAAGCACCCUUCCCCAGCAGAUGCUCAGCCCCACAGCCUUCUCUUUCUCCUUAGUUAUCAUGCUAGGCAGGCUCUUGCCCUCUGUACUUCCGUGCUGCUCUGGCCAAUCCCUGGGCUUCGGACACAAGAAACUAAGUCUAAGAACAGGCUCAUAACUAUAUUUUAUGAACUACAAUGUAUUUGACUUCCUUUGAAGCCCUUAAGCCCUGUGAGGGGUAUUCUGGGCAUAUCUUUACCCAGAUGACUGCCUGAAACUGAAGAGGGGUUGCUGUGAUCAAAAUCCAAUUUUCCUAUGGAACACCCUCCCCACUUCUCAAAUCCCAUUCUGAAAUGGGAAACAAGAAAGCCAGAAAGACUUUCCUGAUUUAAAUGAGGGUGUUGGGCCACCCACUCCAUGUCUGAAAACUUAGUCCUGGGCCAAAUGCAGGAACAUCUCUCCACCCGACCUCUGGGAGGAUUGGUGGGUGCCAGGCUCUAGUCUGAGCCUUGUAGCCUAGCUGUGUAUGUGGGUGCUCCAUCCCUCCAAGAUGGACCUGGGCUCUGCUCAGGCAGGAUACAAUUCCCUGCAGCUGAGUAAGUUCAGCCUCUCCCAGGCUGCACGCAGAGAGGGGAUUCUGUAGGAGCCCCCAGAUGCAGUCUGGGUCCUCAGAAGGAGGCAUCCCCUGACCAACCCCAGCUCUAUUGCUUAUUCCCAGAGAUUCUGCAUAUCCAUUUCUAGAUACGUUGCAGCACAAGGAGGCCAGACUCCUCCUGGUGCCAGGCCACCCAUGUGGCCCCAGAGAAAGGCUCAUAUACACAUUCCUUCGGAACUGAUUGAGAAAGUCCUUCAUGACUCACAAUUUUAGGCAAGAGGCUUUUGGAGAGAAGCUGAAGUCAGUGCUCAUUAUUAGCUGCCUCUUUGGCCUUAUUUCCAUUGGUGGGGGAGGGGAGGGGACAAGGGUGUAUGGCCUGAAACCAGCGUUCCCUGGUCUGUGUUCAGCAUUGUGGCCUAUCUGCUGCUCUGCCUUGCUUGAUAAUUGAUCUGAGAAAGUUCUAGGAUGGGCCUUCUCUUCCCACUCCUGGCAGUGUAGCUCUUGGCUUCCUGCUCUGAUCUAGGCCGCCCUGUUAGUGCUGUGCUUCAGGCUUGGGAGGCUGUAGGCAAGUCCCCCCCAUCGUGCACGCAGGUCCACACACAAAUACUCCGCUCUUUGCCCUUUGGAAGAAGCUCUUUAUUCCUAAAAUAUGACUUGGACUUCUUUUUCAAUGGCCUUUUCUCUCCUGACUGCCUUGCUUAGGUCUUUGCAAAAGGGCUUGAAAUUGGCUAAGAGAGGUGAGGAAGCCCGUGGGCAGAGCAGCCGCUGCUCUUUUCUGGUUGACACUGCCCUCAAUCGAGGGCAGACAGAAAAUGGGAGCUUCUUGGCUCUCCUGGCCAAAAUGAAUUGUCCAGGGAACACAGUGCUCUCCCUUUACCUGGUGUUUUUCUCAUCCCAGUACAAAGCUCUGGCAAGGAACAUAAGUGGGUAGCUGGAAGCCAAGGGCCAAAGGAUACUGUGGGUCCUUUUUUCAAGGUAGAUGACCGCUUUAUUAGAAAGAGUCCCUAAGAAAUUAGCCACAUGCUGAGUCCUUCCCCCAGCUGGGCACUGUGGGUCUGCACAUUUCAUUGUGAGGGCUGAUCACUAGCAGGGGGUCUGGAGUUGUUGGGGGUAUCCUGGGUUUAAGAGGAGGCUUGACUUGCGAAUGUAAAACUGACUGUGCCUUAGCAUCACCCUGCCAAGUGCCCCUGGGGCAGCUGGUGGUGUCCAGGAGAUGGAUGCCUGCUCCAGAUUUAGAUGCCUAUUUGGGCUUUUAUUUGCCUGGGGGUAUUCCUGUCUUCUGCUUUCCAAGUUCAGGGGGCAAAGCUAGUGUCCCAAGAGACUUGUGCCACAGCUUGUUUGCAGUUUUUACAAACUCAGCGUUAAAGCUCCAACAAGAAUCUGUCAUACUCCACCUGCAGCAUAUAGAGCUUCUAGCUGUUCCCUACCUUGAGUGGUUGUCAGUGCUACUGAACCCCAGGGAAGGGGAGUAUCAGGGCAGAGCCACAUUCUCCCUCUUCCUGGGAGAGCAGUGGUCUAAGCCAAGGGACAGUGAGCUUGGGGCCUUCCUCCCUUCACUCUGGUAAGUGGGGGCAGCUAGGGCCCCUCUUAAGCAGACUUCUAUUUCUUACCACUAAAGUGGUUUCCUUUUUCAAAUUCAGAGGUUGGAACUCCCCAGGUAUUUCCACUAUAGAAGCCAGAUCUGAAUUCUGAGAUUCUAAAAUACCUUAAAACAUGAGAGAAAAUCUAGUUCUGUCCCUUCUCCCAUCAGCAGUCCCUCUAUCCCUUCCUCUCCUCCGAGACAGACAGCUCUUCAAGCAAGGCUCCUUGGUAGUUCCUAAUGCACUGAUGGGAGCCAUCUCAUUAAGGACAACUUCUACUCAAAACUUGUGACCCUCUGGACUUCAGAUGCCUCAUUUAGCAGGAGAAAGGCACUGAUCGGAUUGGAUAUAUUUAUGUGACUGCGGGCAUUCAUGGCUGUGGAGUCCUUGACCAUAAUGUUAUAUGUAAUGGGAACUAUCUUAUAAACUUGAAAAAAUAAAGUUUUUAUUUUCUAUA